GGCAAUGGUCUCAUCAUCAGCGCCGUAGCCUGCGGCCAGCACCUGCACACGCCCAUGUUCUUCUUCCUGCUCAACCUGGCCCUCACUGACCUGGGCUCCAUCUGCACCAUUGUCCCCAAAGCCAUGCACAAUUCCCUUUGGGACACCAGCAACAUCUCCUACACAGGAUGUGCUGCACAGCUCUUCUUCUUUCUGUUCUUCAUUGGAGCAGAAUUUUCCCUCCUGACCAUCAUGUGCUACGACCGCUACGUGUCCAUCUGCAAACCCCUGCACUACGGGACCCUCCUGGGCAGCAGAGCUUGUGCCCACAUGGCAGCAGCUGCCUGGGCCAGUGCCUUUCUCAAUGCUCUCAUGCACAUGGCCAAUACAUUUUCCCUGCCCCUGUGCCAUGGCAAUGCCCUGGGCCAGUUCUUCUGUGAAAUCCCACAGAUCCUCAAGCUCUCCUGUUCAAAUUCCUACAUUAGGGAAUUUGGGCCUCUCAUGGGGACGGCUUUUAUGUUAUUUGGCUGUUUUGUGUUCAUUGUUUUCUCCUAUGUGCAGAUCUUCAGAGUCGUGCUGAGGAUCCCCUCUGAGCAGGGAUGCCACAAAGCCUUUUCGACCUGCCUCCCUCACCUGGCUGUUGUCUCCCUGUUCCUCAGCACUGGCGCAUUUGCCUACCUGAAGCCUUCCUCCAUCUCCUCCCCAUCCCUGGAUCUGGCCCUGUCAGUUCUGUACUCGGUGGUGCCUCCAGCCCUGAACCCCCUCAUCUACAGCCUGAGAAACCAGGAGCUCAAGGCUGCAGUGUGGAGACUGAUGACUGGAUGC